CAAGAAAGGUGGAAAGCUAUAAAACUGAUCGUAACCACCAGGAAAUGUUUAGUUACGGUGAUGUUAUUGUGCGGUUCGGUAGCGCUGGAAAAAAAGAGCAGCAAAGUUGGUUGAAACACAGCUUUAAGUGGUUGGUGGUGAAAAAUCUGGUUGGAAAUUUAUCAAACGUGAAUUAAACGAGGAAAAUUAGAUUGCUGAACGUUCCUGAAAUGCUACGUUGGAUAUUAGUAGUGGCGCUACUAGCGUCACCGGCAUUGUCGAUAAAUGCUGAAAAACGACGGGCAUUUUACCGAAAAACAACUACGACAAGUACUGCAGCACCCGUCGUGGAGGAUAAUUCCAGUUCGGAAUCCAAGUUUACCGAUAACAAAGGUGAAGGUCUGUAUACUGUCGCCGACUCGUUUAUCAUCGGAGGAGGUUCCUCUUCGUCCUCGCCUGGGGACAGCGUUGGCAAGGGAAGCGUCUUCAAGCCAAUUACCAGCAGUGGCGAUAAAUUGACAUCGUUCUCGGAAUACAAUUUUGGCAGUACGAAGCUAUCCGAACCCAAUGACUCUGGCUCGGACGAAGAUUAUGUAAUAAACCUCAAAAACAUCAAGCCCUUGAAGCCAUCCUCGAACUCCAACAGCUAUAAACCCAGCGGAUCGUUUGACUUUCUGAACAAUGACUUUUCCAAAUCCUCCUUGGACAGUAAAACGAAAUCCUCCUUCACCAAUAAAUUCUCCAUUUCUCACCCCACCCCCACGAAAUCAUCCGUGACGGGUAAGCUAGACCAUCUGGACGAUUCGACCGAGUAUGAAAUAUACUCUAGCUUAAAGUCCGCCAAUAGCUACAAAUCCUCUCCUAAGAAUUCCAGACAGACAAUUCUACCACUUGGGACUUUUUCAGGUACAUCUCUGAACUUCGACGGUAAGGUUAAGAAGCUGCCCUCUUAUUCUUUUGACGACUCUGCAUUAGCAUCGUACACUUCCAACAAGAACAAGAAGAACAAACUUUCCCUAGACGAUGACACGUUUGGAGGCGGCAGUUCAUUCGGACUCAAUAGCAAUUUUGGUGUCGGUAAGCAAGAGAACCCGUUUACUAGUAGUGGUAAACUUAAAAAUCCUUAUGGAUUCGGUGAACCACCACUAGUCAAAUCUGCUAUAUCGACACUGAAAAAUUUUGGCUCAGGACUUUUAGGUAAACCAGAGAAACAAUCUUCCUCCCUUUAUGGCAUUGACAGUGAAGAGAGUGGUUUUGGAAGUUCAAAUUUCAAACCAUUUGGCAAGGGUAGUAGCGGUAGCAGCAGUAGUAGCUUCAAAAAUACAUUCAACCUAGACAGCAGUGAAGAAUCUGAAGAGAUUUUUUCCAAGCCCAAAUUUCCAAAACUGCACUCAUCCUAUGGCACUAAACUGAAGUCCCACAACACUGAGUAUGAAAGCGACUUCGAUGUGAAAAACAUCAAGCUGCCAGGAGCUCUCACCAAGUUCAGACCCAACACGUUUACUAAACCCUCCCAACACAAAAACAAACAACACGGUUCCGACAUUGACAAUCCUAACCCGCUUGAGUUCCGACCUAACUUCAAAUUGCAAGAUGUACCCAAUCUGUAUCCCGAUGAUCAUAUAGGUGCCGGAAUCGCAGCUAAAGGUCAGAUCGAAAACUUCUUGAACGCAGAACAUUCAUUCCGGAACGAACCAAUCCGAACGACGCACUUCCUCGACGGCCACCCUGGUAAGAAGGGCCAAUACCAGCAAUUCUUGAAGUCUCAAGAAGACGAGCAAUUUGAAAAGGAAGCGUUGAAGGCACAGAUCGAAUACUUAAAAGCACAAGCUGCGAAGCGUCCAUCUGAAGGAAGACAGCGUCCAUCUGGUCCACCAAUUUCCAUUAAACACGGCCCAGUACCACCACGUGGACGUCCUGUUCGUCGUAUCCCUCCACUGGGCCCUCUAGGCGCUAAACAAUCCCGACCACCAGCGAGGAUUCCACACUACAACGACAGACCGUACAGUAUAAGUUUCAAACUCUAAAUAAUUGUUGAGCCAAACCACCGUAGACGGAAAAAAGCAGGGUCGUCCGAUCCUUAGUGCAAUUGGCCUUGUUUUACCUGUAGUCGAAUACGUUAGGAUUAGUUUAUUUAUUAACAGUAGUCAUUAGUAAGGCAAUUUUAGAUGUGAAUGAAAAUACAACAUGGACCAAA